AUGUCCGCAGUGAGCGCGCAGCCUUUCGUUAAACCCAUGCAGUCUUCUCCCUCCGUGUCCCCGAUCCAGAGGAGGCACACGCUCCCGGCCAGCGAGGUGCGCCCCCUCAACACGCAGGACGCCAUCAGCGUCUUCGAGAUCGAGAGAGAAGCGUUCAUCUCGGUGUCCGGGGAUUGCCCGCUGCACUUGGAUGAGGUGCGCCACUUCCUCACGCUGUGCCCGGAGCUCUCCAUGGGCUGGUUUGAGGAGGGACGUCUGGUCGCGUUCAUCAUCGGCUCUUUGUGGGACCAGGAGCGACUCGCCAUGGACGCUCUGACUCUGCACAAGCCGCGGGGCUCCACGGUUCACAUCCACGUGCUGGCGGUGCACAGGACGUUCCGGCAGCAGGGCAAAGGGCCCAUCCUCAUGUGGCGUUACCUGCAGUACCUGCGCUGUCUGCCGUACGUGCGCCGCGCCGUGCUCAUGUGUGAGGACUUUCUCGUGCCUUUUUACCGGAAAUCGGGCUUCAGGUCCCUGGGCCGCUGCGCCAUCACCGUGGCCAACCUGACCUUCACCGAGAUGUCGUACCCCAUCAGCGGGCACGCCUACAUGCGCCGCAACAGUGAGGCCAUCCGCUUCCCCCAGGGCCUCAGUGUGCACCCCCCUCUGAGCGGGGCCCCGGCCCUGAGCCAGACCCUGCCCCAGACAGAGGAGGGCAGCGAGGGCAGCGACGUAUGACCCCCGCAGUAACACUGACGCCCUGCGCGAGCGCUCUGUAUUUCACAGUAAAAGUCUCUCU